AUGGGGUUUUGUGCCGGCAAGACCAUCCACCAGUGGUCCCAGCAGAGCCGUGGUGGCCGCGUGGGCCAGCGGGAGAAGGCGCGCGGGGAGGCCGAGCUAGCACGAUCAUACACGCAGGUGGCAUGGCAGCAGGUGUUCCCAUCCAGCCCCGGGUCCUAUUACAUCCACAUUCGAUACCCAGACGGCCGCCAGUGCCCGCCGCCACCACCCGCGGAGCAGGCCCAGCAGGCCGUGGAUGCCAUGGUCAUUGCAUGGGAGCGGGCGCGCGCGCAGGCAGCGGAGCAGGCCACCAUCCAGGCGGACGAGGCGGCUAAUGCCAACCCGUGGCUGCGCAUAACGGGGUGGGCGAGGUAUUUAAACGGCGUGCACCCACAGGAUUUGCGCCAGCUAGUGGAGGCGCCCAUGGAGGUGGAGAAGGAGGUGGAGGAGGUGGAGGCGGUAGUAGAGAAGGAUGCCAAGGCAGAUCCCACUAAGCAGGCCGUGCGGGUGAUUUGGGACGCCAUGGACCAGCUGGCGCGGCGUAGCCAGCGGACCGUGCAGCAAUGCGGCGCGGGCAUCCGUGUGGAGGCGGCCCGUACGGAGGCCGGCCAGACGCCAUACAAGCCAUUGCAGGCGUACAUGGACGAGGCCAGCAUCGAGAAGCACGUGCAGCCAUGGCAGCAGGUGUUGGCAUUCAUCGCGCGCACGCAGGCCGCCCAGGCGAGCCAGGACAGGGAUAAUAAUGGUGAUAGUAGUGACGGUGGUAGUGGCCAUGGCAAGUGGCUUGGGAGGUUGCCCGCGUAUGGGAUGACGCCGCGGCAGCGCCAGAAGUGGCAGGCGUUAUGGCAGCUAGCCAUGCCAGCCGUCGAGAGGCCCGAAGCCGAAGCUGAAGCCCAUACACGAGCCCGAGCCGGAGCCAGGGCAGGGGUGAGGGUUAUACAUACGUUCGCCGGGGCCGGCCAGAUCAUUGAGGACGUGUGGAGUGCCAGCCCCAGCGCUAGUACCAGCCUAGGUAGUAGCAGCCCAACCGCGAUAGAGAUGGACGAGGAGAUGGAUGAGGGGGAUGGGGUCACGGCUACAGAUACAGAGGUGGAGGCGUGGCAGAUGACCCCCAUAGAGCAAGCAUGCUUGGAGUUUUAUAUCAAGCUAAUAAACCAGCGCCACCACACGCAUGAGUACGAGAGCGCGCUAGUGUGCGCCAUGGCCGUGCAAGGGUGGGGCGAGGCGCGCUGGCGCGAUCCCAGCAGUUACCCGCCCAUAUUAUCCCGCGUGCUCAAGGUGGCGCGCUUCAUGGUGGUGCAGAAGGCGUUGUGGUUAGAUCCCCACGCGAAGGAGAUUAUCCGCAUGUGA